AUAGAAAUUAUUUUCAGUCAGUAAAAACAUAUACUGAACAAUACCCAGAUCGGUACCAUCCACCACACCCGUUGUUUAUCAAAAUAGAAAAAUUAUUAUUUAACCAUGGAGCAUUUUCUGUAAAAGUAGUUCAUAACCAACAAAUUAGACAAGAUAAUAUUAAUGACGAUGUGGAACUUCAAAUUUUAGCAUACAUUUGAUUGAAUCCACGAUCUUCGGUUAGACAUUUUGAUAAAGAAACUGGAAUAUCGUUCGGCCUUGUACAUAAAAUUAAAAAGAAAAAAACCAAUACGCAUCCUUACAAACUUGAAUUAGUUCAACAUUUACGGCCUGCAGAUCCAAAAUGAAGGCUAAAUUUCAUUGCUUGUAUACUCAUUUAAAUCGAUACACAAUCAUUAUUUUUUAAAUCAGAUAUUAUAGACUAAUGAAUCUAAAUGCACGAACAAUGGAGUUAUUCAUAAGCAAAACAAUCGUUUACUGUCAAUGCCCAUCGGGCAGUGGAUAACCAUUACCAAACUGCGUGGGGUACAAAUGUUUGGUGUGAACUUAUUGAUGGCAAAUUAUUCGGUCCGCGUUUCUACGAAGAAAAACUUAUACGCAAGACGAUAUUUAGCAUUUCCAACGAACGUUUUACCAUAGAUGUUAGAAAACGCACCGUUAGCUACACGUCGACCUUCCGUUUCCAGCACGACGGAGCUGCUGCUCAUAAUGCUCCAUACCGUUCGAGAUCAUUUGAAUCGGGUGUUUAAAUUCGGCAUAAAAAUGUCGGAUGAUUUCGAAAUUACCGCGCGCAGUAGUCUCGGAAUUCUCCGCACCGUCCCGCGAUCGUACCUGACGACCAUUAUUUUCGCAUCACGAACGCGCGUGUACAUAACAACUCGCAUUAGGCGUGCACGUAAUAACACUCGCACCGCGGUACGUUAAUAUUCGUCCAAGUUUUCGUCUCGCGAUCGCCCGACACUGUCACCCGGCAGCGCAAACGUAAACCGAUCGCGUGUUGACCAACCCCGUGCGCGAACAGCGACGAUAUGAGGGCGCGCGAUCGCAACGAUGGACCGCCGACGCGCCUCCGGGACCUGAUACCGGGUAGCCGGUUGGCGACCAUGCUAGGCGAUCUCCGAGUUCCCGUGUCGGCUGUGUGCGACGGCGACGACACGUACGAGGUGAACGCAACGGUGUUGGGAACGGACCGCGCGGGCCGGUUCGACGCGACCGAGUCGCUGGAGCCGUGGAUGUUACCGGAAACGGAGCUCGAGUUUCUCAGAUGCGUCGCGGGACGUGAUGAUGCCAAUUACGUUGAAGAUUUUAUUUCAAAUGCAGAGAAAAAUCAUUGGUUUGGCGAAAAGUGUUUAUUUUUGGAUUUAAAUUCAGGCAAAACAAUAUUAAACAGACGAACUAAAUUGGUGUUACACUGCAAUCCCAAACCACAGGAAAAAACUUUAAAUCACCGUGUUUUGAAUGCAUCUAAACCGUUAAAGAGAACGAAUUAUGUGUUGGAAGAACAAACAAAACCGUAUAACGUCUAUCUUAAUGCAAACAAUGUACCAACAUAUUCAGAAACUCCGGCCGAUCAACGACGCAACGAAAACCGGCCGGCACCUGCAAUGCAUCCGCGACAUCAGCAGCAGCAAAGCGGUAUUUUCAUCCCUGCGGUGCGCAGACCAGUGUUGGUGUACCGUCCCGUGGCCGUCGUGCCUUGCCUACCACCCGGUUUCGUGUGCCAGCAAAACGUGUGGACGGGCAACUUUUACCGACCGUUCCCGGUCCAGCGAUUCCCGCAACCGCUGUCACUGCCGCCGCCACCGAUGUACUUCACCUGGGGCCCGAUCAACAAUACCCAAGCACCGCCGUCAGUCGUCACCGCCCAACAAGAUUAUAUUUGCAGUCACAAAAUCACUUAUUCACACACAGAUAAUCAACAAAAACCAUAUGAGAAGAACGAAUUUGUUGACGAUGAAUGUAUUAACAAAAUUGUUUCAACCAUAGAAACAAAGGAUAAAAAUGCACUUAGAAGUUUUUUGUUACUAUUAAAAAGUGUUUACCCGAAAAAGCUUGAAGAAUUCGAUAAAAUUAUGACUUUGAUGGAUUACAUAAAUUCACAAUUACCUAUGUAGUCGGAGUAAAUAUUGUAACAUCACUUAUGAAAAAUACAAGUAUACGUUUUAUGGAGAUCAUCCUUCAACAUUUUGUAUAAUAUUAUUUUACGAACGCAUGAACGAUCACGAUAUUGACUUGUUAUAGAACCAAAAAUGUCAUUACACGAAUAUUUGUAUUGUAUUAAUUUAGAAAAGAAGCUUUUAUUUAUGUUAUAA